UCUGCAAUACGCAAAGACGGAAUAUCACACGACCAAAUACUCUUACUGAUACGGAUGAAACACUAAACAGGCUAAACUAUCAUAUAGACUCAACACUUUAAAUAAAUAAUCAUACUAAUUAACCAAUUAUAUUGGCUUACAGGUCGACUGUCUAUAAAUCUGUAGCACACUGAAUAGUUAUACAGAUUUAAUCAUGUAGACUAAAUACUACAGAGAUAAUGAAUAAACACUCACAAUGACUUGUCAAUUUUAAUGACUUAACAAUCAAACCAAUCUAAAAAGGCUAACACAGGUAUUAAAUACCUUCACACAUAUUUAAAGAUAAACGCACCUACUUGAGCCUUCAUACAAUCUAGACAGUCUUAAGAGUGACUUAACAGUCAUACUAAGUAAAUAGAUACUAAUAUCUCAUUAAUGACUUCAUAUGAUGCUGCAACUAAACCCUGGCUUACAUUUUAUCCAGGAAAAAUCUAAAUAAUUCAAGCAAUCAAAUGCAUUAUUAUUGUUCAUUUCCAUCGAUCUAAUCUGUGAUUGGUUCAUUACAGAAUAGCUUAACCAGGAAGUAAACAACAUUGGUGGACCCUUUGUGGUAGGUAUCCUUUAGAUGAAUGGCUAAUAAAGGCUUUGGUAGGUCAUUGAUCCGAAUCGUUGGAAAUCAUGUAUUUGUAUCUUUAACAUAAAAUCAGGUAAUAUUUCACCAACACGACACAGCAUUGAUAUCACAGCUUGAGUGAAUCUCGAUCAAAGAGUGGACCUUUUUGCUGUUUCAACGUUCCAAGUUUCUAAAGAUGUCCAGUUUUGAUAACGGCACCAACGUUACGGAAACCAAAUAUGUGUUACCUGUUGGCGUUUAUAUAUCGGAUACAAUUUUCUUUUCAUAUGGAAUACUUUUCCCGGUAUUGGCGGUUUUCGGAUACUUUGGAAACAUAUUGACAGCCAUAGUGUUAUGGAAAAAAGAAAAGGCGUCAGUAAAUGACAUUCUUCUCCGUGUCCUGGUACUCUCCGAUAUUACAUUGGUAACAGGAGGUCUCCUUGGUUUAACUCUUCCUGUGUUGUUAUCGACAGUUUUAGUCAAUGGUUAUCUAGUAAAUGCUUUAGAACUUAAUAUCUCUGAUUAUGUAAUGCUGACGUCACAACAAUUCAAUGUGUACAUUCUUGUGUUAAUAUCUGUUGAGCGAUACAUAGCUAUUUGUCAUCCGUUGAAAUGCGUCAACUUCAGAAGUAGAGGAAAGACGAUUGCUCUCAUAUUAGGGAUUGUCUGUUUUUCUAUUGUUUACAACAUUCCGCUAUUAUUAGCAUAUACAGACAAUCCUUUUACAUGUGUUAACAUGACGUCAUCUUUCACAUGUUUUAAAGUAUUGUAUACAGAGUUCGGCAAAAGUUAUUUCUUCCAGGAAGUGUACUUAACAUGGUUAUAUGGUGCGACAUACUUUGUUCUCCCUCUUACUUUGCUGUUAGGACUGAAUAUUUUCAUUAUAAAGGAGCUGGCAAAAACGAGGAAGAUACGAUUAAACCUUGGCGUGGUCAGAUCACCUAAAACCAAAAACGACAGCAUUACUCUCAGUCUUGUUAUAAUCAUUGCCAUAUUCAUGGUCGUGCAAACCCUUGGAGUUUUACCCCGGUUUGCGCAAAUGUUCGAUUGGACCGUAUCGAUCUCCUUUUCAGUGACUAUAAACACAUUGUAUCUAACGAACUCUUGUAUUAAUAUCUUUAUUUACGUGUUUGUGGGAAAGAAGUUUAGAAAGAAUGUCAUUGAGAUGUUCAAGAAGUGUUUCCAUUGUGCCUCAAUUUGUUCUACUUCAUCUGAACAUUAUCAAGUUUCAGAGCUUCAUGAUUUGAUAAUUUAAAUGCUUGUUUCUGAGGUAGAAUUAUAAACCAAGUAUGAUAUAUGUGGACACAUUAUGUUUAUCAAUAUGGCUUCAAUAAUAAUGUAUUGUUUGACUUUAGCACAUUUCAGUUUUGUGCAAUUAUAAUGAAGUUUACGUUCCUUUCCCAUGUUAUAUUUUUUUUUUGCGCAUUGUUUCGGACAGUUUUCAUUGGUUGAUUGACUUAUUUGUUAGUUAACACACAGGAAUGUUUGAAAUUAAUUUCUUAUACUACAGACAUAUUUAUAUUUUAGACAAAUGUUCAUUUCUGGAUAUGAACAGCUAACAUAACUGUUUUCUGAUCCAGAGAAAAAAUACAUAACUGUUGAAAUCGUAAAUGAAAUAUUUCUACAUGGGUUAUUUGGAGAAAUAAAACUUUGUCAAG